AUGCCUUCCGAGCGUGAGCGGCCCAAACUCAAUACCUCGAGGACGACUGCGCAUCGUCUGCCUCCGCCGGCACUGUUCCAGGGCCCCCCGUCGAGAAAUACAUCGCACAUCUCGCUCGUGCUCCCCGGCGACAGGGUCCCUGGAGCGCCUGGAGCGGACGCAGAACAUCCGCAGCGCAUCCACCGACCUGCGCGUGUCCCUGCCGCGUCCUCGUUCUCGGGGCCCUCGCUCCGCCAGCCCGCCGCGGACGCGGACGACCGUCGAGCUGAGAGUCUAUGGGCGGAUAUGCAGAAGACGCUGGCCGACGUGGAGGUCUCGGCCAUGAACACGUCGCACGUGUUUGGAGCAUCGCAUGCAAGAGCCCUGGAAGACCUGCGCGCUGCACAGCUCUCCCUGGCGCAGACCUGGGCGCAGACCGAGGCCGACGAAUUGUACGAGCACGACUUUAACAGUGCUGCGGACAACAAGAAGGACAGUCUCAACCAGAUCAAGACCGACGUUAGCAGCCAGCUGGAUACGGCGUCUUCGACACCUAUUGACCCCGGUCCCGGCAGGGGUGCCAAGGGGGCGAAGAUGGCCAACCCGACCCGCAGCGCGUUCACCAACAACAAGAACCUCGAAGAGGAGACCGAGCGAGACAUCCAGCUCGCUCGUAAACGCAGAGAGGCCAACGACCGCUAUUUCCAGCAGGUCAAUCGCGGAGUUCUCGAUGUCGUCAGCAAGCUCGACGAGGUCGCCGGUGCCAUGCGCCGCGUCGAGCGAGAAUCCCGAGAAAUUUGGGACGAGUCAAGUGAUGACAGCAUCAGUGGAUCAGAAAGCGGAACGGUGACCGAUCGGACUGCACUGACUGACAGUCCGGGAACUAUACGGAAAGAACGCUGA